AUGUCCUCCUUUCACGUUAUCGAACAUCAAAUUCCUUGCCAGCAUAUUCGGGAAUAUGCCCGCGCAACCAGCGGAUCUCAAGAGACAGUCUUACAUCUAGCUGUAAAGCAAUAUGUGCCAAAAGACAAUCCAAAUCCCCAACCAGGAGAUGUCACGAUCGUCGGAGCGCAUGCGAACGGAUUUCCCAAGGAGCUGUACGAACCGUUAUGGGAUGAUCUACAUGCUCGAUCAAAGAAAAAUGGCUUCCGCAUCAGAAGUGUUUGGAUAGCUGAUGUAGCACACCAAGGCCAAAGUAGUGUCUUGAACGAGCAGCUCCUUGGAAAUGACCCCAACUGGAAUGACCACCCACGAGAUUUAUUACAUUUGAUCAAUCUCAAGAGAGAUCAAAUGCCGCGGCCGUUGAUUGGCAUUGGCCAUUCUAUGGGAGGUAACCAUCUUGUCAAUCUUGCCUACAUGCACCCGCGACUGCUCACCACGCUUGUUUUGAUCGAUCCGGUCAUUCAAAGAUACUCAAGUGUGGCACCCGAAGUCGGUCCUAGUCCAGCUCGUUUGUCUACAUUUCGUCGGGAUAUAUGGCCUUCGCGAGAGGAGGCUGCCAAAGGGUUCAAGAGCAGCAAGUUUUACCAAGCUUGGGACCCUAGAGUCCUUGAGCGAUUUGUCAAAUAUGGCCUGAGGGACCUCCCGACUCUACUACAUCCAACUGAAUCGAGCAGGAAGCCACCUCAGGUCACCUUGACAACGCCCGUUCCUCAAGAAGUAUUCACUUUCUUACGACCAAAUUACGAAGGCAAUGGCGUCGACGGGAAGGCAAUCAAUCUCCAGACCCACCCAGACUUGAACCCUAGCCUACCCACCAUCGCUCCCUUCUACCGUGCUGAGGGUCCUCAAGCAUUUUUCCGUCUUCAAGAACUACGUCCCAGCGUUCUGUAUGUCUUUGGAGGGAAAUCAGACGUUGGAACGCCCGAAAGCUGCAAGGAGAAGAUGGACAACACCGGAGUUGGCGUUGGCGGUAGUGGAGGUGCACCUCUAGGCCGAGUUCGGAGUGUGGUAUUUGAGGAUAUCGGGCAUCUGAUCGCAAUGGAAGCGGUCGACAGGACAGCAAUUCACGCGAGCGAAUGGGUUGGAAGCGAGAUUAAGCUGUGGAAACAAGAUGAAGAGGAACACAACCGGACUUGGAAUUCGAAAUCUCUUGUCGAAAAGCAGUCGAUCGAUGAACAGUGGAAGGCAAUGAUGGGAGGACCAAUGGAGAGAAAGCCCAAACAGCAGAAACUAUAG